CGUGCCGGGCGCGUGGGGACGCGGGAGGGCGGGAUUCACGGGGAGCCGCGCCGCACACGGAGCACGCCGGCCACUGGAGCUGGGCACCAGCCGGGAGAACAGAGCCCUCAGCCGGUCGUCGUCCACCCCCGUGAGCCGGGCGCCUGCCCAGGCACAGCCAUCCGGCCAUGGAGCCCUCGCACAAAGACCCCGAGACGGCGGCUGCAGCGGCGGCGGUGGCGGCGGCGGACCCCCGGGGAGCGUCCUCGUCCAGCGGGGUGGUGGUGCAGGUCCGCGAAAAGAAGGGCCCCCUGCGAGCCGCCAUCCCUUACAUGCCCUUUCCCGUGGCCGUCAUCUGCCUCUUCCUCAACACUUUCGUGCCGGGACUGGGGACAUUUGUCUCGGCUUUCACCGUGCUGUGCGGGGCCCGCACCGACCUCCCAGACAGGCAUGUGUGCUGCGUCUUCUGGCUGAACAUCGCCGCAGCCCUCAUCCAGAUCCUCACAGCCAUCGUCAUGGUGGGCUGGAUCAUGAGCAUCUUCUGGGGCAUGGACAUGGUCAUCCUCGCCAGCUACAAGGAUCAAGGCAUCCCACAGCAGCUGUGAGCGCACAGGAGCCGCAGGGAGAGUCCAGGGCCCUGCAGGGACCGAGCCAGGUGGCUCCAGGCACCAAGACCUUUACAUGUUUCCUUCUGAUGUUCUCGGAUUUGGGGUGGAAAGGGACUAUUUUUAAAAAUAUUAUUUAUUGUGAAAACGCAUCUGCUUUUCUGAACAGGCUCUGAGGGCUUGCCGGGCCCUCCUCCUGUUCCAGAAAGUGCCAUAGGUGCAGCACCCAGAGUGUUGGGGAUCAGGGUUGAGAUGGCAGUGCUAAUGGGAGGGGGGCUGGGGCACUCCAGGCUGGGACGCCUGCUGCUCAUGGCCAGGACACAAUGUGGAGCAGGUAAGCCAAGGAUCUCCUGGGGGACCCCAAGCCCUACCUCAAAACCUGGUGUCCUCAGAGUGGACUCUGUGGCCU